AUGUUAAUAAAAUUAAAUUUCAUGCCGCAAAGUCCUCGCUGCUUAAACGUACCCAGGAUAUCCGAGUUGCUGCUUCGCAUUUGCUGCCUCUACGGCACCGUUUUCGGAGUGAUUACCUUCGGGAUCGAGAGGAAGGAAAACUCUCAACUGGUGGCCAGGGAUCGCAGAGGUUACCGGUGGUUUUGUGUGAUUAUUCGACUUCUGGCCAGCUUCUUCUAUGGCUACAGUUACGAGGCUUGGGCUGGCCAAUAUGCCACGGAUUGGUAUCUGCGGGUCUUCUUUAUGCUACGUCUGGCAGGAUGCCUGGUCUGCAGUGCCAUUAUCCUGGUUAUGCAGCUAAGGUUCGCCGAGGAGCUACUUGGCUUGGUCAACACUUACCUGGAGCUGUUUCAACGCUUAAAGUGGCUAACUAAAGGGGGAGGAAGUUCCGGAUUCGGAGGCAGCCAUGAGUUGGUUUUAUUGUCCUUUAAAGCCAUAUCCUUGCUGUUUGUUUUCUUGGCCUUUCGACUGCAGUUAUCUCCUUGGAUCCUGCUAACCAUUGUGUGCGAUUUCUAUACCUCCAUUAGCACUGGAAUGAUUAUGCAUUUUUGCUUUAUUGGCUACUUGAGCGUAGGCAUCCUUUACAAGGACUUGAACAACUAUGUGGAUUGCCAAUUGAAGGCUCAAUUAGGAUCGUUGAACUGUGAGGAACAUCGGCAACCUAGUCGCCAAGCUAUUAAAAGUUUGGACAAGUGCUUGGCUCUUUAUGAGGAUAUUUAUCAAGUGACCCGCCGUUUUCAGAACCUCUUCGAUUUGCCUUUAUUUCUCACCCUGGCUCAGAGCCUUUCGGCCAUGGCCAUGGUUUCCUACCAUGCCAUCUUGCGAGGGCAGUACAUCUUUAGUCUCUGGGGUCUGGUGAUAAAGCUACUCAUUGAUGUGGUGCUCCUAACCAUGUCGGUUCAUUUAGCUAUCAGUGGUUCUCGACUGGUGAAGAGGCUGAGUCUGGAGAACUAUUAUGUGACUGAGUGCAAGAGAUAUCAUAUUAAGAUGGACCUCUUUCUGGGCCGCUUGAAUCACCAGGAGCUACGAGUACGUCCCUUGGGCCUCUUUGAGGUCUCCAACGAGCUGACCUUGUUCUUCCUCUCAGCAAUGGUCACCUAUCUGACCUUUUUGGUACAGUACGGCAUGCAGUCGCGGCCAGUCUGA